AGCUCUUUUCUGACGUUGCCUUCCAGACGAGAGAAUCCAAAGGCCGCCCUAUUUUCCUCUGCCACUCUCAAUCCUCGCAGGGCCCCUACGCCAAGCUUCCAAGCAACAGCAAGGUGAAGAGAAAGAGCAUGAACCCAGAUCUAGCUGGAGGGAUGGCAGACGGGGCUUUCAAGUUUCUUCUUCAAAAACUUGAAGCUUUUGCAAGUAGAGAACGGAACUUGCAGGAAAAUAUCAGGAAUGGAGUCCGUGAGUUACAAAGGGAGCUGUGGAGAAUAGAAGCCAUGAUGAGAGAUGCUGAUGCAAAGAAAGAUUAUGAUAACCAAUUCAAUGUGUGGAUUCAAGAAGUUCGCACAGAAGCUUAUGCCAUUGAGGAUGUUCUUGACCUGUUCAGACUCCACCGGGAUCAAGAAUCAGUGUGGCGCCACUUGAAAAUGCGGCACUCCAUUAGCAACCUGAUACAGGAUAUUAACACAAGGCUCACAAUCAUUAAACAGACAAAGGAGAGGUAUCAGAUCAUUAAGGAGAUAAAUGAGAGGUAUUCGAUGAUGGUCCCCACCAAUUCAGUUAGUUCAGAAACCAACACAUACCAUAAUGUGAGAGCAGCUCCUUUGAUCCUCGGCUGGGGCAAUAACACUGUGGGCAUUGACGAGCCUAAAAGGAAGUUGGUUUCUUGGGCAUUGGAGUCAAAUCAGAAACUCAAGGUUAUGUUCGUGGUGGGGAUGGCUGGGUUGGGCAAGACCAUGCUUGCCCGCAGUGUAUACGAGGAGGUGAAGGAGCGCUUUGAUUGCCAUGCCUGGAUCAUUGCUUCAAAGUACCAAACCAUAGAUGAAACCUUACAGAGCUUGUUGGAGGAACUUGGCUCUUCGACAGAGGGGUCUGACAUAGUUCUUCUGAUGCAGAGACUGCACAAUUUUCUCCAACACAAACGGUAUGUUAUAGUUGUUGACAAUUUAUGGGUAAAAGAUGUGUGGGAACCCAUUAGACUUGCCUUGCCUGAUGGUAAUGACAAUAGAAUAAUUAUCACUACAAGAAGAGGCGAUAUAGCUAAUUCUUGUAGAGAUGAUGAUUCUAUUGACAUCCACAAGGUUCAGCCACUGUCACCACAUUGGGCUGAGCAACUCUUUUAUAAGAAAGCUUUCCCAGGAGAUGGCAGCUGUCCUUCAGGCUUGGAGGAAGUCUCCAAAUCCAUCUUACAGAAAUGUGAUGGAUUACCUCUUGGGAUUAUUGAAAUUGGUAGGGUCUUGCGGAGUAAGCCUCGUCAAACUAAAUACGAGUGGAAAAAAUUAGAUGAUAGCCUUGAGUCUGAAUUGAGAAGCGGUGGUGCCCUCUCAGCUAUUAUGAGAAUGUUUUCUACAAGUUACAAGGAUUUACCUUACCACCUCAAGUGUUGCUUCUUAUAUAUGAGUGUGUUUCCGGAGAAUAAUCCAGUUAAGCGAAAAAGACUGAUUCGGCUAUGGAUAGCCGAGGGAUUUGUAACAGAGGAGAGAGGCAAGACUUUUGAAGAGGUGGGGGAAGAGUACCUGAAUGAGCUUAUUGGCAGGAAUCUGAUAAAGGCAAAUGAAAUGGACUUUGAUGAAAGGCCAAUAACUGUUGGAGUCCAUAGUCUCAUGCAUAAGAUGAUUCUCUCAGUUUCACAAGAGGAGAACUUCUGUACUGUUUGUGCAGGACCAGAAGGAAACUUGGCUGACAAACCCCGGCGCCUAUCCAUCCAGAUGGGAAACUUUGAUGUGUCUCAGGACUUGACCUGUGUUCGAACUUUUUUCAGUUUCAGUGCAGGUAGGGUAAACAUUGGUUUGAAUUUCAAACUAUUGAAGGUUUUGGACAUACAAAGCACUCCUUUGGGAAACUUUCCAAGUGCCAUUACAGAUCUUGUGCUCUUGAGAUACUUGAGUUUGAGGAAUACGAAUAUAAGGAGCAUCCCCAAAUCCCUCAGGAACCUACGGCACCUUGAGACCUUGGAUCUUAAGCAAACUCUGGUAAAAGAGCUACCCAAAGCAGUCCUACAACUUGAUAAACUUCGCCACUUGCUGGUUUAUGCCUACAAUAUGGGAAGUGUUGUACCGUUUGAUGCCGUUCAAGGGUUUGCUGUACCGAGAAAGAUCGGAGCACUGAAGAAUCUGCAAACGCUAUUAUUUGUAAAGGCGAGAAGGCAUAACAGAAUGAUACAGGAGCUCAAAAAUCUGACAAAGCUGAGGAAGCUGGGCAUUGUAGAAUUAGCAAAAGAAGAUGGAAAUAGCUUGUGCCACUCAAUUGAGAAGAUGUCGGAUCUCCUUUCCUUGGAUGUUACCUCCCUUACUAAGGAGGAGCCUCUGGAGCUUGAUGCAAUGACCAAUCCACCGCCCCUUCUUCAACGCUUGUACCUCAGAGGGCCCUUGAAAAGGUUUCCACGGUGGGUAUCUUCUCUACAUGACCUGGAGAGAAUACACCUAAAAUGGUCCUUAUUGUCACAAGACAACCCAAUUGAAGCUCUUCAAGAUCUUCCAAACUUGAUGGAGCUGCAGUUACUUGAUGCAUACACUGGAACCCGUUUGGACUUCAAAUCGGGAAAAUUUCAGAAGCUUAAGAUAUUAGACCUUGAGCAAUUGAAACAGCUGAGGUUUAUCAUAAUGGAAGAUGGCACAUUACCUUGCCUACAAAAGCUGAUCAUAAGGCAAUGCAAUGAGCUGGAACAUGUCCCCGUAGGUAUUGAUGGGCUUCUUCAUCUCAAUGAGCUGCACCUCUGCGAUAUGCCUGAGAAAUUCGUGGCACUGCUGAAGAAAAGAGGCGGUGAACUUCGCCAUUUGCUUCACCGUAUUUUGCAUAUUCUCUCAUAUCAACAGGGCCAGUUGGUGGAAGAUCUUUCAUGACCAUAUAUGCUACAUCUGUGACAUGCACCAGUGGAUCAAGAAUCAAGGAAAUCAUGGUGGGAUAUCUAGCAUUUAUACAUAUCAAGCAUCGAAUAUCUGUGGAGUCAUAUUUGAAGCUGCCAUUGUUAAAACUACGCCGAGACUCGGUACAAGACAGUCUGAUUAUGGUUAGUUGUCAAGCCCCUUAGGCUUCCAAUUGAUUUUUAUGCUUCUUGUAUUAUAAUAAUAUUGGAUUGUGAAAUCAAAA